AUGGGAGAGUACCGAAAAAAGACUCCACAGCUCGAUUCUGGGAAUCUGAAGGACGUUGAGAGACACAAGCUAAAUGUUGAUGACCAUAGGGAAUUCCCUUCGCUGUCGGGCGCGCCGCAAGCGCAGCAGAACACUACCGCGCAGCAGAUGUGGUCGAACCCCACCCUACGAACCACCCAGCAAGCCCAGCAAAACACGAUCGGACGUCCGCAAGGCCAAGGUCAACAGCAGGGCCAAGGGCAGGCAACACAGGCUACGAAUCAACAACAGCAGAACCAGGGACAGGAUGAUUCAUCCCAAAGCCAGUUCUCUGGUGCUGGGGAUGAUUAUCGUUUUGGAGGACAAGGGGGUGUCGGACAGUUGGGGGGUGUUCAGCCGCAGACAGGCAACAUCGAGGAGUUCCCUCCAUUAGGGGGCGCUGGCGGAGAUAUUCCACAAGAUCGAAGAGCUGGCCUGAUACAGAACGCAGCGGCAUUCGGUGCGAAUGGAAACAGCGCCUUUCCUGGGCUCGGACAAACACGGAACGGCCUCUCAAGCCCGACAGAUAGCCAGCAAGACCGGAGCAUCAACCCCACUGUGGGUGGCAGGGCACCGCCAGGUACAUGUAAGCAAGAGGUCUCAGCCAUCACAUCAGCCACUGACGAUGAUAGCAUCACGGACACCAUUUGA